CAGCACACCGUCCUCCUGUCCUGGCCCAAUGCGUCAUUAAACUGCGACGCCGCGCAAAACAAGCGCCACAUUUUUUUCGGCUUUUGCGCCGAAUAAAUUCGUUAUAUUCGUCUCAAUAUCAGAGUCAAGAUUGGGGUAGGAGGUGAACGAGUUCGAAGCCAGGUCGGAUCAGGAAUUACGGUAAUGCGCCAUGAGUUUAUUUGGCACAAAUUCCGGUUUUGGAACAACGGCAACCGGCGUUUUUGGGAGCUCGACGGCUGACACGCACAAUCCUAUGAAGGAUGUCGAAGUGACUUCCCCACCAGAUGACAGCAUCAGCUGUCUGGCUUUCAGCCCCCCGACCAUGCCUGGGAAUUUUCUCAUUGGAGGCUCCUGGGCGAAUGAUGUUCGGUGCUGGGAGGUGCAGGACAAUGGGCAAACUGUCCCCAAAGCUCAACAGAUGCACACAGGUCCCGUGCUUGAUACAUGCUGGAGUGAUGAUGGGAGUAAAGUGUUCACUGCUUCCUGUGACAAGACAGCCAAGAUGUGGGAUCUGAACAGCAAUCAAGCGAUGCAGAUUGCCCAGCACGAUGGCCCAAUCAAGUCGAUCCACUGGAUAAAAGCGCCCAACUACAGCUGCGUCAUGACCGGGAGUUGGGACAAAACACUGAAGUUUUGGGACACCCGCUCUCCCAAUCCUAUGAUGUCCCUGCAGAUGCCCGAAAGAUGUUACUGCGCCGACGUUGUGUACCCCAUGGCGGUGGUGGCCACAGCGGAGCGGGGUCUGAUUGUGUACCAGUUGGAGAACCAGCCGUCUGAAUUUCGCAGACUCGAAUCGCCUCUGAAGCAUCAGCACCGCUGUGUGGCCAUUUUCAAGGACAAGCAGAACAAGCCCACCGGCUUUGCGCUGGGAAGCAUCGAGGGACGCGUCGCCAUCCACUAUAUCAACCCUCCCAACCCAGCCAAGGACAACUUCACCUUCAAGUGCCACAGGUCGAAUGGAACCAACACAGCCACCCCACAGGACAUCUACGCCGUCAACGCCAUUUCCUUCCAUCCCGUUCACGGAACUUUGGCGACCGUCGGCUCCGAUGGUCGCUUCAGCUUUUGGGACAAAGACGCCCGCACCAAGUUGAAGACGUCGGAGCAGCUGGACCAGCCCAUCACGGCCUGCUGCUUCAACCACAAUGGCAACAUCUUUGCGUAUGCGUCCAGCUAUGACUGGUCAAAGGGCCACGAGUACUACAACCCCCAGAAGAAGAACUACAUUUUCUUGAGGAACGCCGCGGAGGAGCUGAAGCCUCGGAACAAGAAAUGAUUCUCCUUGCCAAGUCACAUCUGGUGUGGGGACACGCAGACAGCCAGAUGAUUGCGGUUGCGUAUAUGCUCAAGUAAGACUCAUUCCUUUUGACACCUGGACCAGGUGAUGUGGUGCCACUUCCUGUCCAUGGACCAAUCAGAGAGGCCUACACAAAAAUGGUUGUCGUACGUUUGGAGGGUUUGUCAUUCAUUUACAUCCGGGUAGGCUUUCUUUUUUUAAUUUCUUUUUUUUUUAAUACACAUUUCCAAAUGGAAUGUUGAUGUAUAAUAAACAAGUAAGUGGAGACA